CGGCGUCGGAUUAAAAGGUCAGAUAAAAAUGUUGUGUGUCCUGCGCUCGCACUCUCAAACACACAACACGCAAAGACAGAAAGAAAAGAAAGAGUCACAGAGACCGAUGAUCGAGAAACAGGUGGUAAUUAUCAAAUGCUCUGAAUAUUUGAGAAGUAAGAGAAGCUGAUUUAGUUUUGGCUGUUGUGUUGGAUAAAAGAUUGAUUUGUGUAAUUAUACUGGAAAUUCAUUAUGAGUGGAGUUCCUAAAAGAACUCAUGAAGAGAGUGGUCAUUCCUCGUCCUCGAAAUACCCACAUGAGGAUUCGGGCGGAUACCCUAAGUUGUCAUCUACAGUUUCAGGUGAGUACCAUUCUCCAUAUGAGAUGGGUCAAGAUGCUCGGAUGCCUAAGAUUCCCCGGACUGAACCUCGUGAUGUGGAUAGAAGAUCUCCUCUUCGUUCAUCGCAUUGGAUGCAACCUCCUUUGAAUGAUUCACAUGUAGAUCAUCCUGAAAACAGGUUGGAGUUGGGGGAUUCCAAGGAUAGUAGAGAUGUACAGUUUGAGAACCGAGAUUUAAAGACUGAUACGAGAGAGCCGUAUUGGGUGACGAGGGACGCUGUGAUUGCAAAGAGUGAAAAGGAUGUAAGAUUUGAAAGUAGAGGGGAUGAUAAUAAGGAAACAAGAUAUGAUAGGGAAAGUUAUAAUGAUCCUAAAGGUGAUGCAAAGAUGGAGAAGGAUGGUUAUGGUGCAGCAAAUAGUCACUUGAAUAGGAAAGAAUCAAAAGAACACCACAGGGGAAAAAGAUAUCCUGAUGCCCCAAGUGGAGUUAAUUUAAAUUUUUGGACUGGUCCACGUGGUAAUUCAGAAGGCACCAUUGAGGCUGGAAAGGAAGGAUCAGCAACUGAAGAGAGGGAUUAUGUGGAAGCUCAUGAGGCUGUUGGGGAAAACAAAGUUGAUUCAAAGGGUGAAGAGAAAUUGAAAGAUAAGGAUAGAAAGAGGAAAGAUGUGAAGCAUAGGGAUUGGGGAGAAAGAGAUAAGGAUAGAAGUGAUCGUAGGAGUGGUAUGCAAGUCGCUAAUAGCAGCAGUGAGUACAAAGAAUCAACAAAGGAGGAAAGAGAUGUAGAGAGGUGGGAGAGGAAGGAUUUUUCAAAAGACAGGGAAAGGCUAAGGGAGAGAGAGAAGGAUCAUACCAGGAGAGACUCAUGGAAUGGAGUAGACAAGGAGAGUUCUCAGAAUGAGAAGGAAUUAGGGGAUGGAUCUUUAAGAAUGCCUGAGCAGGAAAAUCCGGCAUCAGAGCAGAAGAAGCAGAAAGAUUUUGAUAACUGGAAAAAUGUUGAUAGGGAAGCAAGAGAGAGGAUGAAAGAAAGCAAUGAUAUUGAAGGAGAUAGAACUGAAAAGCGUAGGUGUGAUGAUAAAGAAUUAGAUGACGGAUGUGCAGAAGGGGAAGGGGCAACUGAAAGGGAAAGGGAAGUCUAUAAUUAUGGAGUUCAACAACGUAAGAGGAUGCAGCGGCCAAGGGGCAGCCCUCAAGUGGCAAACCGUGAGCACCGUUUUAGGUCUCGUGGUCCAGACAAUGAAGGGUCUCAAGGUAAAGCUGAAGUAUCUUCUGUUGUUUAUAAAGUUGGCGAAUGCAUGCAAGAACUGAUAAAAUUGUGGAAGGAGUACAAAGCAUCACAAGCUGAAAAAAAUGGAGAAAGCUCUUUAAACGGUCCUACGCUUGAAAUCCGGAUUCCAGCUGAGCAUGUUACCGCUACAAAUCGCCAAGUCAGAGGUGGCCAGCUAUGGGGGACAGAUAUAUACACUGAUGACUCAGAUCUUGUUGCUGUUCUGAUGCAUACAGGUUAUUGCCGCCCUACUGCUUCCCCUCCUCCACCUGCUAUCCAAGAGUUGCGUGCUACAAUCCGAGUGCUACCUCCACAAGAUUGUUACAUUUCCACUUUGAGAAACAAUGUUCGUUCACGUGCUUGGGGUGCGGCAAUUGGUUGUAGUUACCGUGUUGAGCGUUGCUGCAUUGUGAAGAAAGGAGGAGGAACGAUUGAUCUUGAGCCUUGUCUUACACAUACAUCAACAGUGGAGCCUACCCUUGCUCCAGUGGCUGUUGAGCGGACAAUGACUACUAGGGCCGCAGCUUCGAAUGCAUUGCGGCAACAGAGAUUUGUACGAGAAGUUACGAUACAGUACAACCUCUGCAAUGAGCCCUGGAUUAAGUACAGUAUAAGCAUUGUUGCUGACAAGGGUCUGAAAAAACCCCUUUAUACAUCUGCAAGAUUGAAGAAGGGAGAAGUUUUGUAUUUAGAAACACAUUCAUGCAGGUACGAGCUCUGUUUCACUGGAGAGAAAAUGGUCAAAGCUAUACCGGCAUCUCAGAUGCAUGACGUGGAGACAGAGAAGUCCCAGAAUCAUCACCCGCAUCCCGCAAAUGGUGAAAAAAAUGAUUGUGAUAACAUGGUCAUUGAUGUAUUUCGAUGGUCUCGCUGUAAGAAGCCCCUUCCUCAGAAAGUCAUGCGGUCCGUUGGGAUCCCACUUCCGCUUGAACAUGUGGAGGUAUUGGAGGAGAAUCUUGACUGGGAAGAUGUGCAGUGGUCACAGACGGGUGUUUGGAUUGCAGGAAAAGAAUACACACUUGCUCGGGUUCAUUUUCUAUCUAUGAAUUAGCAAGUCUUUAUAAUGUUUUCUUAAAAUGUAUUUAGGAACAAUUUAAUCCUGAUCUGAUGUAUGAAACAAGACUUGAUUUGUAAUGAUACAGGUUUUAAGUUAUAAAUAUACUGUUAUUGUUUUUA